GCGCAAGCGCGGGGCGGGAGGAAGACCCUUGCCAGUGUAGCUUCACCAUGCGCAUGCGCAGUAGAGAUGCGCAUGGUUGGAGUUGCGCGGGCGUCGAAGGGAGGAGUGCCCUCGGCGGUUAGCGCCUCUGCCCGUUCAGGCUGUGGAUCUGCGUUAACCCUGACAGAAGAGGGAGGAGAAUUGUGUGCUUUCCUUAUACAUCAUUGCAGAAGAGGACUUCAAUAGAUGAAAAUGAUUGAAGUCUUGAUAUUGAAGUACUCCAGUACCAGUAUUCCAGCCACGGUAGCACGAGUACUAAAUAUAGAGAUUGAAGACCCAGGUUGCUUUUGGGUCAUUGUAAAAGGAUGUGGGCCUUUUGUAGACCGUGAAAUGGAAUAUAAAAAACUGCAUGCUGAAAUGAAUCAGUUCUAUAACAGAGAUGUGGAGGAAGUAAAGCCAUUAACAUUAGAAGAAGGGCAGGUUUGUGUGGUUUUUUGUCAGGAACUGAAAUGCUGGUGUAGAGCAGUUGUUAAGUCAAUCCUGUUCUGUGCUGAUCAUUACCUGGCAGAGUGUUUCCUUGUGGAUUAUGCCAAGUAUACUCCUGUUAAAACAAAAAACAUUCGGGUUGCAGUGGAAGCAUUUAUGCAACUCCCAUAUAGAGCGAAAAAGUUUAGACUGUACUGCACAAAGCCAGUCACGUUGCGUAUAGAUCUCUGUGAAGAUGCUGCAGAAAUAGUACCUGCAAAGAGAUGGGACAGCGCUGCUAUUCAGUACUUCCAAAAUCUUCUAAAAGGAACCACCCAGAUUGAGGCGAAGUUAUGUGCUAUAGAAGAUGACAAUUUUGAUGUUUAUCUUUAUGUAACAAUAAACGAUGAAAAGGUAUGUGUUAAUGAUGAUCUCGUUGCAAAGAACUUUGCUCGUUAUGUGAUGACCAAAGAAAACACAGUUAAUUCUGCCAAAAGUCAAAAGCCGUGGUCCUCAUUAAGUCUGAAGUCUUCUCCAGAGAAAGUGAUCAGUCCUGCACUUGCUCUUUGGCCAAUGUUAAUGCAGGGGAAGGUACACAAUAAUCUUGAAACAAGUGGUGAUGCUUCUAAUUCUUUUCUUGAAAAGACAUGCAGAAAAAUUGCUGCACCUGCUUUUAAUGGAACAACCGAGUCUGCUGUCAGAGCAACUGUGGGUUUCUCUUUUAAAGAAAAUAUAAAUAUUUCUGCACAGCCUACUGUGCGGGUAAACAGGCUCCUGCAGUUUUUGAAUCCUGAUCCUUUGAAAACUGAUAAUAUUAAUUAUGAACAGCAGGAGUUUCAAAAGAUCAAUACAGAACAACCUCCCAUUGUUCUCAGCAACAAAAUAGAGCCAUGUUCAGUUCUUGAAACAACACCACUUUUGGUAGAUCUGAAAAAGGAGCUUCUCCGAAAUAAAUUUCUAGGUCCUAAUCUCACGGAAUCUUACUGUUGGCCACCAAUAGCUCGUGGAUGUGACUCAGUUGUCAUUUCUCAUCAUGGAAAUGAUCCUCUUUUGUAUAUUCCACCAGUUCUUACAUUUUUACAAUCAGGAAGCUGCUACAAGUCACUGCCAACUAGGAAUGGGCCAAUAGCAUUAAUCAUAUGUCCUGGGUGGAGGAAAGCACAACUUGUUUUUGAAUUAUUGGAAGAAUAUGGCAGAUGCUCCAGGCCGCUUCAUCCAAUGUUGGUAUUAUUAGGAGUGAAUAAAGAAGAAGCCAAAAAUGUGAAACUUCAACGAGGAUGUGAAGUGAUUGUAACUACACCAUACAGCCUUUUGAGACUGCUUGAACACCACAGCUUAUUAUUUCUUAGACUUUGUCAUCUUGUUUUUGAUGAGGUUGAUAACUUGUUCUCUGAAGCUAGCAAACAAAUAUUUACUAUAUUAGAAUAUUACAAGAAAACAAUUACUACUGAAGAGCGGGAAUCGGCACCACAUCAAAUUGUUGCUGUUGGAAGUCAUUGGAGUAAACAUAUAGAACAUUUAACAAAAGAGUUCAUGAAUGAUCCUUACAUUGUGAUAACAGCUAUGGAAGAAGCUUCCAUAUAUGGAAAUGUGCAACAGGUGGUGCAACUUUGCUUGAACUGUGAGAGAACCUCUGUAUUACUUCAGAUACUGGAUUUUACUCCCAGUAAAGCUCAAAAGACCCUGAUUUUCACUAAUUCUGUGGAUGAAACAGAAAUGGUCUAUAAAGUAUCAGCAACCUUUGGCCCAUGGCCCGCCAGGGCAGUGGAGAGUAGUUCCAUAUUCUGCUUGAAAGUACACAAAGAAAUUGAAUUUCAUUUCAAAUAUGCUGUAGAGCAAUGGAAAAAAAAAUUUAGUUCUGGCACCCAUGUUGUGUUAGUUUUAACUGAUGACUGCAUGCCGUCCUUGGGAAUUACUGAUGCAAAUUGUGUGGUUCAUUUUAGUUUUCCUGCUUCUCCAAGAGUCUUUGGUGUGCGCUUACACAGCAUGUCUGAUAACUUCCAGAAUGUACUAGAAAAGGGUUCCUCUGUAGAUCAAGUAUAUACAAAGGCAAAAUCAAUCUUAUUGCUGACAGAAAGAAAUGGAUGCCAUGCAGUUGGUGUACUGCGUUAUUUAGAACACACAGAAGCUAAAAUUCCACCAGAAUUGUGUGACUUUACAACGGGGGUGCUUGAGGCUAAAGAAGAUAAGAAACUUGCAAGGCCUCUUUGUCAGUACCUUAAAAGAUCUGGUGUUUGCAAGGAUAUGAGAAUAUGUCCAGAUCGUCAUCAAGUUCGCUUACAAAUAGACUUACCCCAAAAGAUGUCAGAUAACACUAUACCAAUGGCUGGAUGUGUCACAAUAGUACCUCUCCACAUUGUGGAUGCAACAAACUACUUCGGUCGCAUAAUAGAUAAACAAAAGGAUCAAUAUGCAAUUCUUGAUGGAGAGAUGAUUGAGUAUUUUAAGAAAGCCAGGAAUAAAGUGUCCGUUGAAAUGGUGGAGAAACUAGCACUGUAUGGAUUACAUGAAGAAGGUCUUUUUCACAGGGUUCAAGUGUUGGAGAUACCCCCAAAAGAAGAAAAUUGUUUCAUCUACAAUGUUACUAUCAGGUAUAUAGAUGAAGGCAGAACUGGUCAAGUUCAGGUUCAUCGGCUGUUUCACUUACCUACAAGAUUUCAAAUUUUGCCCCCGCAGGCUGUGGAAUUUAUUGUUUGUAGGGUGAAACCUAUUGAUAAUGAAAUCGAAUGGAACCCUAAGGUUACUAGAUAUAUUCAUCACAAAAUUAGAGGAAAACUUCAUGAAGCAAAAAUAGUGCUUGCCUUGGGAAAUACAAUUUGGGUUGAUCCAAUGGUCCGGGUCACCAAGCUUUCAGAGUUGAAGACGUCUAUAAAUGAAUACAAUAUUCGAUCUGAGAUUUUGUCUAUGGGAAUGGGAAUUGACAAUCCAGAACAUAUAAAACAACUUCAAAAGUUGUGUAAACAUGCAAAAACGUUAGCUCUUGAGGAGAAAACCUUUCAAAAUUUAAUGCUCUCUUUUACACCCAAAAGAAGUGUGUUGGAGCAGGAUGCGGACAGCCCGCAGAGUGUGUUGGAGCAGGAUGCGGACAGCCCGCAGAGUGUGUUGGAGCAGGAUGUGGCCAGUCCACAUAGCUUAUUAAUGGGAGAAAAUUUCACAGACAUUUGCAAUAGCUCUCCAGUGACUUUGGAAAAUCAUCAGUGUGAUACUAUAUCUGAACUUAAGAAAGCAGAAGAAUCUACACAGCAUCAUCGUAAAUGUUUCUAUCCAGAAAUAAAAUGGUUUCAAAAGGAAGAUAUUGUUACCUUGAAGAUAAAAUUAAGAAAUAUACGUGACUAUAAAUGUGAUUUUUUUGGAGACAAGGUUGUUUUCAGUGCUUUUUCAGGAGACAAAUUUUAUGUGGCUGACAUGGAGUUGCAUGCAAACAUACUUGAAGGAAAGUCUGUUUGUGUGAUUAAGAAUGAAGAACCUGUGAUUAUCCUUGCAAAAGACAAGAAGGAAUUUUGGUGCCGUCUACUAAAGCAUAAGAAUCCUAAUGUGUCUUUUGAUUUUGAACACUGGGAAGAUUUUGAGGAUAAAAGCCCCUUUCCUGUUGGUGCACAAAAAGCACAUCAUUCUUCUACAUUGAUAACAGAAGAAAUGGAAGAAUUCUCAGAAGAUAGUGGAACAGAGAGUGAUGACUAGCCAGCAGAUAAAUCUCUAUCAAUCCCUUUUCUUCUCCCAACCCAGAAUGAUUGUUAAAGAUUGUUUUGCAGCCCUUAUUCAGAUGAGUAUUUCCUCUAAACUCCAUGGAACUACUUGCAGAAUUUAAGGGCUUCAGGAUCAAGUCUUUAAUUUUUUUAGUAAAAUAAUAGUGAAUGGAGCCCUUUUAUUGUAUUAAAAUAUGUUGUUUGGUUUAUUUUGGAUGCUUGAAUUUGAAAUAUUUUAUACCAUGCAAGAAGAAAGAUUAUGUAUGUUCCUCUCAAUGUUUUUUGUUAAUUUACUUUAAAACAGCAUUGUCACUUAUUGAUGGUGUACUGUAUAAAAAACUAUGCUGCCCAGACAGCAAAAAUAAAGAAAAGGACUAAACUGGGUGUGGGGAGCAAAUGAUUGGUUUAGUGGAUUGGCAAUAAGUUUUAGAACUUCUAGGUCACUGAUGCAUGUUUAGUCUGCGUUGACAAUGAUUAAAAACUGUUGCCGUGUUAUGAUUUUUCACUGGCCUCAGUGAAAUGAAGUGCUGAUUCCAAGACCAAUUCCUGGUGAACUGAUACUGUAUGUAUGCCAGAAUCAAUAUCACUUUGGCACUACUGGUACCUUUGCUGACAGUUCUGCAUCAAGGUCAGGCUUUAAAUGGGUCUGGAGACUCAACUAACUUCUCAAACCUUCUUUCAGAUUAGAGUUGAGGUAUAUUGAGGUAGUGGGAAAGGUUGCAUUGUUGCUGCUCCUACUUUACUUGUUCUGUGGAUGGAUGGAGAGAUAGAGGAUUUAGUCUCUUGAUGUCAAUUUGGUGUCAGAUGGUGCUUUUCAUGAGCAUUAGUUGAGAGAGAAAAAAGGACAAUAAGGAAUAGAUUAAUCUUUCUCCCUUUCACACAGGCCAAUUGUAAGGUCUUGCUGCUCAGCACUAAAAUCAUUACUUACAUUUUAUUUAGCACCUUUCAUCUAAAGAUCCCAAAUCACCCCAUUAAUUAGAUUUGUGUGUGUGCACACAAUCACACAUUAUUCUUCUAAUAUAGAGGGUAGUAGCCAUGAAACAGCCCCCAGCAAUACAACACAACUAUUCAGGACAACAAUUGAACAAUCACAGUUAAAACUACAAGGGAAUUUUACCUAGGUGGACAGCAAUAGUCCAGUUGUGAUUUAGCUAGGACACCAAGAGUAAUACUUUUACUCUUGAACAUGCUGCCAGAAAUGUGUGGGUGUCUUUACUUCAAGAACCAAGGGAGCUACAGUAGUAAUAAGUUUACACUAAUAAUUACGUAACAUACAUUUGUAGGGUAAAAUGUAAUAGAAGCAUAAAGAGUAACUACCAGCUUGUUUUGCUUCUCCCAAAUAUUACUUUGCUCAGUGGAAAACUGCAGUGUAAUCUAAGAUUGUCAUCUCUUAAAGGUACUGAGUUAGAUAUAUAUUUUAAAAAAUUAAGACUUGUAACUAUUUUGACAGUCUGUUCAGAUUUGAGUACAGAGACUUUGAGAUUUUUAUAUGAUGGUUUUUUAAAAACAUUAAUUUAAAUGUUAUUCAAAAAUAGAACUUAAUUCUGAUCUUGCUGAACAUUAUUGUAAAGAUGGAUAUGACCUGUCAGAUAAUCUGGAUAAUUCCCUGACAGUGCAAGAUUUUUCCCUUCACUAUAUUUUAUAAUAGUAGAUUGGAAAAUAUGCUUUAGAGAGCAGUUCUGCACUGGCAGGUAGAUCUAUUAGGUGAUAUAACAGAUACACCUCUACCUCAAUAUAACAUUGUCCUUGGGAGCCAAAAAAUCUUACCGCGUUAUAGGUGAAUCUGUGUUGUAUUGAACUUGCUUUGAUCCACCGGAGUGCGCAGCCCCGCCCCUCUGGAGCACUGCUUUACCGCGUUAUAUCCAAAUUCGUGUUACAUCGGGUGACAAUAUAGUGAGGCAGCGGUGUAUAUUGAUGUCUUUUCUGUCUCUAGCUUUUGUUACAAUUCUAUGAUCAGUUCUGUGAUGCUGUAGAAAAGCAUGAUUUAGUGGUUAAAGCACAGGGCUAGAGUUGAUAGGUUUGGGUUCUGUUCCUAACUGUCACAUACUUCAUGUGUAACUUUAGACAAGUUGCUUAAUCUUUGCCUCCGUUUCCUCAUCUAUAAAAUGGGUAUAUUUACAUGAAGUGGAUGUGCUUACCUACCUCACAGAUGUGUAGUGAGCGUAAAUUAAUCUUCGUAAAGUUUAUUGAACUGUUCACAUGCAACGUGCUAUUCAAUUUAAAUAGUUUGUUCAAUUUUAUGAAUCCUACAAAGAUCAUUAACAUAAUGCAUAUAUAGUUAUGAAGAGAAUGAGAUGACGGUUGUAUGUAAAUAUUUUGAAAACUCAUUUUUAAUAUUUUUUUUCUCAGCCACUCUAAUUACGAACUAGUUUUCAUUUAAAGGAUGGUAAAUAACCAUUCAGCAUUCCUCCUUUAUUUCUGUUUACAUUAUGAAGAAUUAAAUACGCAAGUAUUUUAAAUUAAGUAUGCAAAGUAGAUACUCAGGAAUGUUGCAUGAAUUUUUCUUUCUAAGGAAUGUAAUUUGUGGAAGGCUAAACAAGGAAAUUAAUCUUUUAAGUUAAACUUUGUGCUCAAACCAGCUUUUAGAGAUGUGAAAUUGGUGGAAUGUCCUAUGGAUCUUCUGGAUUUCAGUUAUCUAUAGAGAGACUUUUGUAGUACUAACAUACAAGAAUGCAAGUUACCUUUUAUUGCUCUGGAACAGCAGUUAAUUAACUACCUGGUGUCACAGUUGUGCUAAUGAAAUUGAUAGUCAUGAUGCUGAUGCACAAAAAAUAAGAUGAACAAAGAUGAUGAUUUAUGCUCUGUUUAAAAAUUAGGAAAAUCAUUGCUUGCCAAAAAAAAAUUGAUCUGUAGGGAAAGAUUUUAUUUUCAGCAUUCUUAGAGGAAAUUGUAGUCUUAAAGUAGCUGAUGUUUUUCUUACAAGUAAUGUAUUAUAAGUGUAAUUGAGAUUUUUGUU